AUGUCAUUUAUUUUGUGUACAUUCUGCCUAAUUUAUCUUUUCGGCUCAAGUCUUCAGAUGUGGUCGGACGAAUCUAAAAAAUUAUUCGAAAAUUGUUAUGAGGAUAGGAAAGGUAGGAGCAUCCAGCUUCAUGAUGAUGUCACUGGCUCUGGGGCUCCUGCUCUGGACAUCUGCCUGGAAAAAUGUCGAUCCAAAAAAGUUACAUUCAUGGCUUUAAAAGUUAACGCCUGCUUUUGUUUUGAAAAAUAUCCUCUGGAGUGGAUUCGGGUGGAUCCAACAAUUUGUCGUAAAGGAAGAUUUGGUAGCCAAUGCGAGAACAGAUGCCACUGCAACGAGCUGCCAUGCAGAGUUAAAGAUGGAUUGUGUCAUAUGAGAGACUCAAGUUGCCAGAAAAAUUGGCUUGGUAAAGCCUGCAACCUCUCAGGUUUGACGCACGUGUUUUAA